GAAAAUUAAUUAGAUUUCAUAAAAAUAGUUGCUUCAAAUAUUGAAUUUUCAAUUGUUUGUUCAUCCUUGAUUUUAUACUCAUUCUUUUAAUAUACAAAAUAUUUUUUUCCGGUGAAAGAAAAAGAAAAAAAUAUUAAUUUGCAUGUGGAUCAUCACGCCCAUCAAAUCAUAUGAUAAUCGACAAACUAACUUGAAAAUGGUUUCGUGUCCUAUUUGUGGACCAAAGCUGUCCAUUUGUUGUACAGUACUUAGUAUUUGGGGUGUUGUUAUGUUGGCUUUGUUAGGUGUGUUCUUCAGAAUACACAGUCCAGCAUUGUUUGAAGACAUUCCAAUGACAGAAAAAGAGUGGGAACAUAAUAACCAUACACAAUCAUUCCUCCAUGAAAAAUAUGAACAAGCUGGGCUCAACUGUUUUAUAGCUGCAGGAAUAUACGUCCUCUUCUUUUUCUUUUCCUGUUUUCAACAAAGAAUGAAUGCCAGAUCUAGUAAUAUAAUAAAUUAAACAUAUGAAUCCUGAUCAGCAAUUAGAUGAAUCUUUAAAAUGGACACCCAAGACACUAGUUUAUGAAAGGAUCCAAUGAAAAUAUUUCAUGUAUGAAGUGAUAUGGGACAUUUAAUAUUUAUAAUUACAAUGUCAAAAGUAAUUGCAACAUUUACUGGUAAUUGUAAAAAAAAAUCACAUUUUGUAAAUUAUUUCAUGACUUCCUUAGAAUUUUAAAAUCUUGUAAUAUAAUGAAUCUUUAUAAAGAUAUACAUGAUUUAUGAAUCAUUAUUAAAAGUGAAUAUUUUAUCAGCUAUCUAAAAGCAUUGCACCUUACAAAAUUCCUACAUCAACAUGUUCAUAUCUUCUAUUUAUAGAAAAUUUGAUGUAUGACAAUGAUGACAAAGUUUUUAACUUAGACUUUGUUAAGUACAUGUCGAUCUGCUCAUUGUUGAAGAUCAUAUAGUGAUUCCAAGAUGUUCAUGUUUUGGUGGUCUGAUCUUUCAAAUUAUCGAUUGUUUACUUCUUUCUUUGAGUAUAGAUUUGCAAGGAGGUGAUGCACUCAUAGCAGGGUAUAUUUUAUCAUGUUAAUGCACACAUUUGUGCUGUAUUUGAAGUUUAUGAAAUUCCCCCUUUUUUAUAUUGAUUUGUACAAAUGUAUAUAUUUUCCAAAUGGAAUAUUGAUAAUUUGAGAAUUGUUUUCUGUUAUCUUGGACUCUUGGGACUUUUUUUAGGUUACAAGUCUACCUUCUCAUACUUCUCAAUAAACUAUACCAAAUUCUCUUCAUGUUCAUAUCUUGAUAACUUCAAGUUGUGGAUUAGAAUAUCAAAAAAUGUAUUAAAAUUUUGGAGACUAUUCAACAAUAGUUAUUUACCAGUAAGUCAAAGAUCAAAACAAAUCUUUACAAGGUAAUAUCAAUUCAUGUUUUCAACAAACAUGACAAACUGUUAUCAAAUCAUUAAUGAAUAGGAAAACAAUGGGUGACUUUGUGGUAGCCAAAUUCUAUUUAAAAAUUAGGAAUACCUUGAAAUUUAUCAAAUAUACAGAGCACUGUUCUUCAUCUAGAUGGUUUCUCAAAGUCUGUAUAUUGUUAAAAUCAAUGUGUUGAUUCAUGUAAAAAAAUGAUUUGAACUUGUAUGUAUGAUGAGUGUUUAUGUUGUAUGUGAAUAGUAGAGAUUAGGGAAAUCCAAAACUAUGAUAAACAGAUUUUUUUUUAUUAUAACAUGAGAGACUUUAGUUAUUAAAUGAAUGAGAUAAUAUUAUGUCUGAAACAUUCCAAGUUGUUUUUAUGUAUAACCAUGAUAGCUUUCAAUUCAUAAUAGCAAGAUAAAAAAAAAUAUAUGGAUUUUUCAUGAAUUUUUAAAAGGUACAUGUAGUCAUGAAAAGAAAAACUUCAAUCUAAUUAUAAUGUAUAUCUCAAAUGAAACAGACAAAACAACAAAGCGUACAAUAAAAACUAAUCAUAAAGUUAUUUAUAUAGUUAAUAUAUAAUAUUCAGAUUUCUUGUUGUAUGAAUUUAUUAUAUACUUGAUGUAUAGAUAUGAUGAGCUAGAAUAAAUGAUAAUAUAUUAUAUAAAAUAGUUUUAUUAAGAUCA